UCGCAUCAUGGCGGCCGUUCGCUGAGGUCUGUUUCGCUCAAGGGACAGUUGGGACAGUAUCACCGUCAACGUUUACGUUUCAUGCGGAAUUUUCAAAAUGAUGCGACUGGUGCAGAGCGUCAUCUUCUCCGGGCGUCGUCUGCUAGAGAGUUCCUACCGACGGUUGUUUAGUGAUGGUGUGGUGUCGUCUGCAAAAGAUGAUGAAAAGUGUGCAUCAUCAGAUGGGAUGAUUUCAGUGUUCCGAUUGAGCGAGAUGAUCUUUGUGUGGGCUUGCGGAGCCAUCUGGGUGGCGGCACAUAUGUGGAUUCUGUUGAUCCGAUGGCUUCUGGAGUGCAAGCUUGUUUCCAACUUGUUUCCAAUUGAUAGAUCUCCAGUAAAGGAGACAAGUGGGAAACUUGGAGACAAACUCCAAGUGGAAAAACGGGUAACCACGAAUGACAAGAGUUGCAUCCUCUGCUGCGCAACCUUCAAUCUUCUCUUCAACAAGCGUCUCCAAUGUGGCGAAUGUGAGGCAUGCGUGUGCCGCGACUGUUCCUCGUACGAUGCAAGGAACAAGGUGUGGUACUGCCGCCUCUGCGACCAGCAAAGCAGGAGCUUGCGUGCGCAGUCGUGUGAGUGGUUCUACAACAAUGUCGAGAUGAGGUUCAAUCAGUUUGGUAGCACAAAGGUUCUCCUCUCCAUCUACGGGCCAAAGAAAGACUUGGAAGGAUCACACGAGCCUCAAGUGACAGAUAUUCAGCAACACAUGGAAUCCGUCCUGGAGGGUUUCUUAGGUGAAGGCCUAGACUCUGCCUGUAUCGGCCGGAUGUUUAAUCACCCCUCUUACAAUCAAGUGGUGCUGGAUCACCGCGUGCCAAUUCACAAAGCUGUGCUCCGGUUUUCCAGCUCGCUCCUCACUGCCUUGCAAGAUAUGCCAAAAGAAGCUGACCUCACUCCUACCAACACCCAUGCCGACCUCAAAGAGUGUGUUCAAAGGUUGUGCAGCGAUGCCAACAAUUUGCCCUGCCUACGGGAGGUGUGCGAAGCGAACAACAGCCGGAGAAAUUCAUCAUCUGCCUUUUCCGACGUGUCGGAUGAGUGUGACGAUGUCUCAUUCGAUGCCUAUGAAGACCUUCUUGUCAUGGCAGUGAUUAACAAGGCCGUUGAGAUUGGUCAGCGAAAGUACAGUUCAUCAUGUGACAGCAAAGGAGGUGACAAAUCGUGUCAGCCAGAUAUCAUCCAAACUUCUAAAAAAGAGCACAUUGACGUGGGGUGCCAGUCAGACAUUCCCUUCUCUGACUCUGGACAGGACGAAGAGGGCUUCACAGAAACGACAGAAUCCGACGAAUUCCUCUGGACUCGCUCUCCAAAGGAAGAAACAUUUCCCUAUAUUAUUGAAGAAAAGAUCGAAGAGGAAAUUACGGAAGCAUACACGGAAUCUGAGGAUGGCCGAACGGAUUCCGACGAACCGGAUGGAAACAUUUUAAUGUCCCUGGAUUUGAACCAGCAAAAUAGAGUACCAUUUCCGGAGAUGGGAGUCGACUUGGUGGAUCCAGGCGUGUUCCUCGGAGAUGAAGGGGAGGAGGAAGAAGAAGAGCCCGGCAUUUUGGUGGCAUCUAUCACAGAUUGGGAAGAGAAUUGGCUCUUCCGUAAGAAGCAGAGGAGUAACGCUCUUGCGGCAUUCCGUGGUGGACGCUAUGCAAGGUACUUUGACCCCAUCAACAUGUUGAUACCCAACCCCACUAAAGAGGAGGGUGUCCUCCUUGGGAGCAGGGAGGUGGAUGAAUUUUCUGAGAUGUCUGAGAAAUUCUCUGUUGGGUCACUGGAGCUGCCGAGUUUGUCAGAAUCUGAAGAAGAAGAAAUGGUUUCCGACGUCCAUCUCAGUCUGACACAACCUGACGCUUCCAGUUUGAGGGAGGCAGUGCCAGAAAAGCCUGUUGUACGCCAACAGCAAGAAGCCUCCCUGGCAAACUACUCACCAGCAUUUUUACGCCAAAAUUCUGUACAGCACCCUGGUGUGGCUCAACCCACUCCUGCACCUCGCUCGACCACCACUCAGAAGAGGGAGGUGAAGAGACAAGUUCCCAAAUUCUGCGCAGUAGACAAGAGGAAAAGUCCUACCUCUUUGCGUUUCCUAUCCCAACCAGAUGCCACAACAACGAUGCAUGCAGGAAAAGCAGCGAGGUUCCUGUGCGAAAUUUCUUCGCCGAAAGUUCAGGGUGUAACUUGGUUUCGUGGCACGGAACCGUUGGUGAACACGGAGAACUGUCGCUUCUAUCGAAUCCGAGGGAAGGAGUUUCUGUUGGAGCUGUACAAUGUGUCAAAAGCCGACGAAGGAGCUUACUCGGCUGUUGCGUACACAGAAAAAGAACAACUUUGGUGCGACUUUUCGCUGGUCGUUCGGGCAACAGCGCGUGCCCACCACAUGCCAGACUUCACUGUAGCUCCCCACGUAGCCGAAUGGACAGGCGAGGAUCGUUUGCGCAUUUCCUGCACCGUCAGUGGUUAUCCAGAUCCCAGGGUAUUCUUCCUACACAACGGCCUUCCCAUUCCAGAAAGCUCUGAAAAGUUUGCCGUGGAGAAUGAAGGUUAUGGUGAGUGGAGCCUGCAGGUUGAGAACCCAACUGUCCAAGAUGAGGGUGAAUAUUCGGCCGUGGCCAAGAACUCCGUGGGACAGGUGGUGAAGAUGGUGAUAUUUAUGUUAAGUGACUUGAAGCAAGGAGCAAGCUCCCCAAUGAAAGAACGUCACCCUAGGCAAUCCAAUGGAUCUUUGGUGACACCUGUCAUCCCCUCAAAGAGUAGACCAUUGGUCAUUCAGCGGACUUGGGCUGACCGUGAGGCUGAACUGCACGGCAAUGCUCGCAAGAAAGAAAAUGGCCUCCGAACUGCACAGUAUGAAGAAGUGCCUUCAUUUAAAAAUGUUGAUGAAGAGACCAUGUUUGUGCCAUCAUUAGAGCUUUUCAACUCUCCCCCGAAACCAGGAACGAUCGCCGAACGAGAACACGCCAAGUGGCUGAAUGCUGUCCCACUAGAGAACAACCCGUACAGCGCGGAGAACCUGACGAAACGAGCCUCCCUCGGGAGGAAGGACUCUAUCCUGUCGAACCCCGCAGCAGCGCAUGAACAGGAUGAUGUGGAAGACGAAAAUCCGUUCUCUCCUCCUGUGCUCCCAGCUGCUUGUGUACGGGACUAUUACAUCAAUAACCCCAGACUCCUGGCAAGAGCUGAGGCUUCACCACAGAGGUUCCCAUCUGAGAUAGAGAGUUGCGAAGAAAGGUUGCAUUCCUUUGAAGAACAGAUGUACUCCACCCCUCGCAUGGCAUUCAGUCCAACCUUUCAGCGACAACAAGUGAGGUCCAACUCUCCGCCUCCUCUUCCAGAGACUCCUCCUCCAGGCAUCACACAGAUGACUGCCAGCAAGUUUGAAUCCGGUAUUGAAGUGACAGGGCGAAAGAUGGCAGUAGAAGAGGAUCUGUCUUUGCCUUCUGUGAGGGAACUGGUGUUGAAAUUUGCCAGUCCAUCAACGCAGUCCUCCUUGGAUGUUCCAUUGGAAACAACCAGCCCCGUGGGCAUUCUCCCAGAGAAAGCCAUCAUUCUGGAAGAAAAGGAGAGUGGAUCAUGUGAUCAACUCAAGACUUGGAAUAUGAGCAAGGAUGCCAGGAAACCUGAGAUCCACAGCCUGACAGCACGCAGCCUGUCCCGGGAAUUUCGUGAGCAUGCUCAGAAGAACCUGGUUCCCAGACAGAUGAACCGGUCGCACCUUGCUCCUCCUUCAGCCACGUCAUCAAUAGACACUGUCCUGUCGUCCUCCACUGAAAAGUGUACCGUGGGAGGUGACACUACGCCUGGCUAUGCAUCAGACGAGAGCUCCACCAGCUCUGCAGGCACCCCUGUAGCACGGGUCAUUGGGGCCAAACGGAGGCAGGCGCGCAACCUCCUUCAACGAGCGUCUUACUGGGAAAGACGGGCGGAACAAGGCCUGCUCUCGGACAGUUCAGUGACGGAAGAAUUUCCGCAGGAAGCAGAAGUGCGUGCUAAAGUGUGAAAGUUUGUGGGAUGUUUUUGAAACAUCACACGUCGUCGUCUGUGUACAAAGGGGUUAUGAAAGAACUUGCGACGACAUAAUGGGGGAAAGAUUUGUAAUCAGCCGAAUAACACUAGUGUCCUUGGCUGAGGCUCCACCGCCAGGUUAAUGUACGAACACCCUUGUUUGGUGUUUUAGCAGCAGGUACUUAACUCAGGUGAGACUUUGUUUACUGCUCCGCAUUCCUACCUGUUCCUCCGUGCCAUCAUGAUAACAUCCGCAUUUCUGUUCUUUUUUUAGAGUCGCAAUGUUUGGUUGAAUUUUUUUUUAUUUUGCACCCGAGUGAGUUUUGGAGCAAUCUAUGUGCGCUAGAUACUUCAGAAGUAUUGUAGUCGAUGAUUUGUGAACAUUAUCUUUCCACACAGUAAUGGGCUACAAAGUAUAUGCCAGCAACCUGUACUUGAGAACAGAACCACAUUUGUAGCAUGUGGAAAAGAAUGGCAACUAAGAAAUGGUGAAGACUGAGCAUGCAGAGACGUGCGUGCGACAAAAAUUUGAUGGCCAACUGAUUACUCGUGUGAGGGUCAACACAUUAUGUGUCUUCCUUGUUCUCUUUUUCAGCAGGUACAUUUCACCUAAUUUUUGUGGUACACAAAAUGACAGGAGCAGCCACUAAAACACUGCAAAGCUCAUUCUGCUAACAGAACAUCCCACAGCUUCCUUGGUCUUGACUAUUUCUUCCUCGAUAGGUCUUCUUGUAAUGACACGAUAUUUUGCCAACGAGUUCUCCGCAGGUAAUUUUAUACAGGGGAGCAAGUAAAGGGUUCAAAUGAUAAACAUUGAUAACCAGGAUAUGCUUAGAUUGAAGUGAAAACCUCAACUGAACAGAGUCUGUUCUUUUACCAUCCUCAGCAUUAUUUAUAUAGAUCAUAGUUUAAACAAGUGCAGGACAUUGUGAGUAUCUAUGUAGUCAGUCGUCCAAAUGCUCUACACUUGUUUUACCCUUGACCACCUUACCCUUUAAAUAAUUUAUGUUGCCAAUGAUGAAGACAGUGCCCAGCAAAAAAACAGAAUCUGUUGGAAAAAUUGAUACCCUUUGCUUCAAUCAGUGGCAUGCUUAGAGUUAAGUUUACAAAUGUUUAUGAUUUUGAUGAUUUUUCAGUGCAACUGAAUUUUCUGCGUUGUAUGACAUGCUGCCUUACGGGCUAGCUAUGCAAAUAAUAGCCAAGUUGCACAGGAGCACAUUGUGACAGCCUUGUGCACGUCUUUCUGGAGUACUCGAGUACGAGCACACCGUAGAAUUUGCACAAAAAAAUUUACAAAAUCAUUACAGAAUGUGUUAUUGCUGCACUAUAGAAAUGGUGGCAUACUGGAUUUAGCCUUCUAAUAAAUUUGGGUAUUGCUUACAUGUGCUUUGGGUAAUGUUCCCAUGUGUGUGGAUAGUUAUGAAAAUGCUCUUUUGAUAACUUUGUGCUUUGCUGCAGGAGGCUCUCAGAAAGUUCUAUGAGGUCUCGUUGCUAAAAUUGAAAAAUCCUGCCAGUUACUAUGCAUUGCUUGUGGUUCUCGUGGCAGCCAAAGGGAUGAAAGCAAGCAAUCUACCUAUACAACCCCUUUGAGCAAUGAUUCUGUCUUGUGCCAAAAUGACAAUGUUCUUGUAUGCAUCUGUACUAUGGCUUUGUGAAUAUUUUAUUAGGUGCAGAAAGUAUUAAGGAUAAUAUGUUACCACUAUAGGAAGCUCCUGUGCAUGAUGAUAGUACGACAACUAUGCAUAUUCUACGAGUGCUCUUGAAAUUAUAGUGCCUUUCUGUCAUUUCUGCCAUUCUGUGGUGCAUAACUACAGGAGCCUUUGACUCAGAAAAAAUGUCGGCUGCAUGCAUGUAGCAGUAUAGAGUGCAUUGGGUCGCUACCUUGGAAGUUGUUUGUACAAGAUGAUGUCACAUGUGGUAUUACAAAUGCAAAAGUGUCAUUUUGCUAGUCAAGGCUUAGUGCCUGUAGUAUUUCCGUGAGCAUCAUUCCAAUUGAAUAGUGGAUGUUAAAGAGUAUUAUUUUUCUCGACAAAGAUCCUCGUAAUGCCUUUGAGCCUGCUCUCAAUAAAUGAAAAUAUUCUCUGGGUCAUUAUAACGGGGCUUGCAUUUAGAAGCCUUCACUAUAGCUCCUAAGAAUGAGCUCACUUUACGUUGUAUGUAGUCCUUAGAACAACAAAUAUUUUUGUACAAACCUAACUAAGCCCACUAACAAUAAGCUUUUUUCCUCUGUCUUGUACUCAAGAGGCAUUCCUUGAGGUUGAUUGGACCAACAAUUCUCAGACAGCUAUACUAGUCUUUCGGUUCUUCAUAGUGACGACACUCUCUGCUAAAACGCCUGUCAUCGUUAUGACUGUGUCUGAGAUUAUCAAUAGGAUACUAGAGGACACUAACAUCUGUAAAAGCGUCCACUGAUGUGCUUACGGUGCAACAUUUUAUAGUGAGUUGCGAGAAGAGUAUUAUAUUUUUGAACACCAUGUUUACACCCGAAGCAUUUGUUAAUUGUACUGGAUAUAGGUCAUGAUAUGAUAUAAGAUAUGACACUAAUGUCACCCCGAGGUGUGUGGAAUAAAUGGACCAGUUCACA